AUGGACGAAAUGACACGUUUGUUUUCUCCUUCUUGUUGGGUUCCUGGCAAGACUCGAGAUGAAGUAAUGAGCGACUUCUUCGCCGGAAUACAACAAGCAUAUUAUUCAUUGGAGAAGGAUCAAACGAUUCCCAGACAAGUUGAAGUGGUUUAUGGUGAAGAAGAGAACCAAAAAGUUGAUAUCUGGGGAGAGCCUGAUGAAAAACUAUUGAUUUUCAUUCACGGUGGAUAUUGGGCGGCUGGAACUAGAAAAGAUUGUCUCACUCCAGCGAGGUGUUCUCUGAAUUCUGGAUUCGCGUUUGCAUCUGUUGGUUAUGGUCUCGCCACGAAUGGUAGAUCAUUGACAGAAUCUGUUGAAGAUGUUAUUAAAGGAGUUGAUUUCAUACUGUCAAAGUAUCCGAAUGUAUCCAAAGUGAUCAUUGGUGGGCACUCAGCUGGAGCUCAUUUAGCUGUGAAGGCAGUUAUCCGCCUUAGAAAUCCAAGAAUUCAAGGAAUGCUCCUGUUUUCUGGAUGUUACUUUCUGGAAGAACUUGUCGGAACUGAUAUUGGAAAUGAUAUAAAUUUAACAUCUGCCCAAGCGCAACAUAAUAGUUGUGAUCUAUCAUUGUUAGAUGGGCUUCAAUUGAAGAGUCUCGUAAUUCUCGGUCUCCAAGAGGCACCAAAACUUGUUCAACAGAACCGAGAUUUUGUGGAAAAACGAAAGGAAUCAUCAAUUGCUGAAUUUCCAUCUAGUGGUCACUACACAAUCAUGACAAACUUAUUGAACGAGCAAUCUGAUGAAUACUCUGCCGUAAUGUCAUUUUUGGAGAAAAUCUGA